CCUUCUUCCUGACACGUAGUCUACACUCUUUUCGUUAGUUGACCCCAUUUUCUCUUUGAUCCCGGAAACCAGGUCACAAGCAUGGCGUCUUCGAAGCUUCACCGAGCACCGCCUUUCCGGGCCGAGCAUAUGGGCUCGCUGCUCCGACCACAAAAGCUGCUGGACGUCCGCGCCGCCAUUCGUGACCAGGGCCUUUCGGAGGAAGAGGCGGGCCUUCCCGCCGUCGAGAAAGAGGCCAUCGGACAGAUUGUGAAGACUCAAUUGGACUUGGGUUUCAAGGGCGUGACGAGCGGCGAGUUCAACCGGACACGGUUCUGGGGCUUGUUUUGGGAUGAGCUCGAGGGCACGACCCGCUUGCAGGAUGCCGAGGCCAGUAUGUUCAGGCUGUACCAUCCGGACGUUGUUAGCUUGAUUGAGAGGGAUCGCAAGGUCAUGCCGGGCGAUUCGGUCAUCGCGGGAAGCAAGAUCAAGUAUCCUCAGGCCGGGACGCGGAGUAAUCUGCAUGAAUUGAAGUUGGUGCAGGAGUUUGUGCCGAAGCAGCAGUGGGGAGACAUUAAGUUGACAAUGAUUACGCCUGCGUGGUUCCACAUGCGGUACAAGCAAGGCCGAGCUUACACACCUGAAGCAUACGCCAACGAUACCGAUUAUUUUAAGGACGUCGCCAAAGCAUACUCUGCAGAACUACAGACGUUGUAUGAUGCUGGGUUGAGAAAUGUUCAGUUCGAUGAUCCAGGUUUGGCUUACUUCUGCUCGACGGCCUUCCGCAAAGGCUGGGAAGAAGAUAAAGACAAUACCGGCAGUGUCGACGACUUGCUGGACGCGUACAUUCGACUGUACAACGACUCAAUAGCCAACUGUCCCGAGGACAUGCAUACAGGCGUGCACUUGUGCCGAGGCAACUUCAUCGGUGGCCGCCACUUCGCCGAGGGAGCGUACGACAUCAUUGCGAAGAAGUUGUUUGAGAAUUUGAACGUCAACACCUUCUAUUUGGAAUAUGACACCGAGCGGGCCGGCGGAUUCGAGCCGCUCAAGUUCCUGCCCAAGAACAAGAAUGUCAUCGUCGGUUGUAUCAGUACCAAGUUGCGGGAGCUGGAGGACAAAGAGGAGACGAAGAGACGGAUAUAUAAGGCUGCGGACUUUGUGGCUGAAGGGUCCGGCCAGACGCGCGAGGAGGCGCUCAAGCGGAUCGGCAUCAGUCCUCAGUGCGGGUUCAGUACGCAUGAGACCGGGUACCCGCUCAGCAUGGAGGAUCAGAGCAAGAAGUUGGCGCUCGUGAGGGAGAUUGCCGAUGAGAUCUGGGGAGAGCCGUAAAUUACCUGGUAGGCAUCGUUGUCGGUUUGGAUGAGGCGACCACGGUUGAGUUUUGGGGUCAACAAGGGUGAGUACGGCACCUAACAUAUGCAUAUGCAUAAUUGUCACCAGUGGCUUUUCAACAAAAGCUGGAUUUGGACAAAAUAUGGUUUCUGUGGAUUCAACAUGAUACCCCAUGAAGCGAUGAGAGUAUAUACUUGAUAGGCAAAAAGCAUGCGGAUUCCUUCUGUUGAUUAUGCAGGCAUGCCUUGCUGCAUUCUAGCUGCUCAC